GAAUUCCGAAGAAUCGUGGAAUGGGCACUCCCGAGCCAUGGACGAUGCGGGAGCUGCCUCUGCAGAUUUGGACUUUAAAGGCUUUGAAGAGCUGUCAGCACAUGGCUUUUGCCAAUCCCUACGGAAGGAGGUCGUGGGCGCGAUGGCGCGGGUCGCGAAAUGUUGGCUCUUCACGGUGCCGCAGCGCGUCAUUCUGCACGAAACCCUCGCGAAGUCGGAGAACUCGGGGCUGUGGCUGGUGACCCGGGGCUCCGUGGAGGUCCUCGAAAGCUCGCAGGUCCUCUGCACCUUGGAGGGCGGCCAGGGCAUCUUCGGGGACUCGGUGGUCUUCGGGAAGUCGGAGCGCCAGCCCUUCACCUUGCGCACGGCGCAGGUGCCGGUGAUCGCCUGGUGCUUGCAGCUGGCUGACCUGCACCAGAUCCUGAAGUACUACUCGCACGCGAAGCCCUUCAUGGAGGAGUUCAUCUCCCAGCAGGAGCGGAAGAUCUUGUGGUCCCGGGUGUCCCAGCUGCUGCUCUUCUCCCACUGCCAGAGCUUCACCCAACAUUUGCUGGCCAAGGUUGAAGUGAAGCACUACCGCGCCGAUAGCAUUCUCUGGUCUCCCGUGAUGUAUCAGAAGAGCGUCCGCGCAGUUGUGGCGGGCACCGUGCUGAUCUCCAAGACCUCGGAGGGGGAUUACGACCAUGCACUGCUGAACCCGCAGGAUCGAAGGAAGACGGUUCACAUUCACUGCCACUCCUCGGAGAAGUUGGACAAGGAGUUGACGCCGCGGCGCGUCAGCGAAUCGGGCCUCGGAGAUCUGGACCUCGAGCGUGUGAAGUCCUUCUCCUGGCGCAUGGGCGAGGCCAUGAAGAGGCCGGGCUUGGGCAGCUCCGACUCGGAGCUCGGCUCCGUUUCUGAGAGCUCGGAAGAGGAGGACUCUUCCUCCGGGAGCUCGGACUCGGAGCCGGACUCGGCGCUGAGUGGCUCCAGCUCGGACAGCGAGAAGAAGGUUGAGGAGAGACCUUUGGCCUACGAGUUGCCGGAGACUUUUCCCCGGAUGGAGCCGGAGAGCCACGUGCAGGCAAAAGCAGGACCGCACUGCUUGGUCUUCAACGAAGCGGCCCUUCUCGGCUAUCAGAUGACAGACAAGGAGCGAUUUCGCAGCUGCCUUUCCUUGACCGACUGCAUCGUGUGCAGUUGGUCGGCGGCGGACUUCCGCGAGGCGGUGCAGGCUGCGCCCAGGGAGCGGAAGCGCUUCGACCUCCUGAAGGCGGCGAGGUUCAAGGAGUGGGAGCGUUGCGGCGUCCACCAGCUCGCCUCCAUUGAGGUGAUCGCCAAGUGCUCCAAGGAGUUUUUGGUGGACCUGGCAUCGGCAGCCACGCCGGAGAUUUGCUUUCAGGGCAGCGACAUCAUCGCAGAGCCUUCGGAUGAUCUGGUCCUUCUGAUGAACGGCAAUGCUGAUAAGCUGGGCAGCAACGGCAAGCGACAUCGCGCCCAAGCGCCGGAGAUACUGAGCACCAGCAACUGGCUGGGAGACCCUGAGGCGGGCGAGAGCGUGGGCCGCGUGAAGGCCAAGGGCGUGUGCCAAGUGCUGCGCUUCGAGAGGCAAGUGCUGAUGGACCUGCUGAGCCGUCAUCCCCAUGAGACAGCCGUCAUUGUCGCAGAGGCCAGCCGCCUCCGCACCCGGCGCAUGUCCGCCGCCAAGAUCAAGGUGCGUCUGCGGGGAGGUCUGCAGAAUCCGAAUGGGCUGUUCUGGUACUGCCCUUUCUGCGACAACCUGGGCGACAAGUUCUUAGAGGAGCUUAUCAAGAGCAUGGACUGCUUCAAGCUCAUCCCCGGGCAGCCGCUUUUGCGGAACCGAUCCUCGCACAUGGACCUGGUGGUGGUUCUCACCAAGGGCCGGGUCAGCUUUGGCAGCGAGGCGCGGGAGGCGCCGCAGGUGAUCUGCGGCUUCGACCGCUCAGGCUACGAGGAGACCCAGGCGCAGGUCCUGAGCGAGGUCUACUGCAUGAACUUCGAGCGCCUGAAGCAGUUGGUCCAGCGCCAGCCCGAGGAGACCAGGGCCUUCUUGAUGCGUUUGGUGGCCUUCCAACAGCGACUGGAGCGCAAGCAAGGACUUUGCUGGUGGAGCCCGGCGAACGUGCUGCGCCGACACGAGCCCUUUGCAAGUUGCCCUGACAGCUUCCUCCACGGUUGCGCGCAGCUCAUGAGCAGCCGCUUCUGUCUGCCUGGCGAGGUGAUUGUUGAGGAGGCGGACAAGGUGGAGCACGCCAUGAUCAUCGAGACCGGGGUGGCGCGGGUGCACCAGCAGACGCGCGCCACGCUGAGGGGCUGCCCCGAUCGCACCGGGGAGGUGCAGGACAGCUACCUGGUGGGCAGCAUCAGUGGAGCCUACACCUUUGCGGGAAUGACACGACGCCUGGCCACAAUCAAGGCUGUGACGCUGUGCAAGAUUGUGGAGAUCCCCAUCAGCGGUAUGAUGACACUGCUGGAUCAGAACUGGGAGGCCAAGGAGAAGUUCCGGGAGAUCGCGGAGCGGCGGUUCAAGGAGAUGGCACCGGAGCCUUUGGAGGAGCAUCCCUUCUUCAAGAGCUUUACCAAGUCCUUUCUCAACACGCUUCGCACCAAGUGCAAUGCGCAAGUCUUCUUCACUGGGGAGACGAUUCUGAAGCAGGGCGACUGUGCUGAAAGCAUGGUCAUCAUCAGCUCCGCCUCGGUGGUCACCAUCUUCGUGGACGGCCGGAAGCUGAAGGAACUCUCCGGGGGUUGCACCCUGGGGGUGCCGGCGAUCCUCUCGGCGAAACCGGGGAAGCGCUUUGCCACCAUCGUGGCCCAGGGCGCUUGCUCCGUGCAGACCCUCACGCGGAAGGACUGGCGGGACGCGCUGAAGAGCCACGAGGAGCACAGGCACUGGAUCCAGGACUUCACCCACGAGCAGCUGGAGGUGGCGAACAAGCAGGCGGUGGAGACAGACAGGAGGUACAAGUGGCGGAAGAUCCAGGAGCGGGAAUCUCAGGCCAUCAAGGUGCACUGCAAGCGGAGGCACGUGGGGGUGGCGCCGCCUCAGAAGCCAGCUCCGCACAUCGAAGAUGAGCUGGAGCGCUGGGAGUGUUUCAACGGCAAGGAGGCGGUGAUGCCUCACCUACGACUGCCACAGCUUACAUCGCUUUCGCUGCAAGCCGUCCGGGAAGAGGAGGACGAGGCGCAGGAGGUGGUGCGUCUGCCGAGCUCGCGCCGCCACAGCGACGUGGGGAAGAUCGCGAAGCGCUUGGACCGCGUGGAGCGACGCUCCGUGCUGGGGGAUCUGCCGGCGGACCUGCCGGGCUUCAGCAAUGAUGUUUGGUUGGACUGCCAGGAUGCCUUUGGCCUGCUGCACGUCGCCCACUCCGAAGGCGGCUUGCAGGUCCCAGGAAUUUGAAUCGGCGAUUGCUUGCUGCUCAGGGAAUGAGGGCAUGCACCUGGGG